GUCCGCCACCGCUUCUAAGCCGCUGCGCACCAUCUGACGUUUUGAGGUUUCUCUCUUUCAGCCUUCACUCGCACCCCUAAUGGCGUCUUCUUCAGUGUCUGGCGCGGAUGCUGAAUCUGUGAAGUCUACACCCGCUUCCUCGCCUCCUUCCUUAACCACGGACGAAAAUGUGACGAAGGAAAUGGAGGCUGAAGAGGAGAAAAUUCGGAUACAACGCGAGAAAGAGGAUACGAAAAGGAACGCUGAACUUGAGAAGGAGCGGCAGGAGGAUCUCAAGAGCGGCAAAGAGAUGUUAGACAAGAAGUUUCAACAAUUGGAGUUCCUGAUGAACAAGAGCAAGCUUUAUGCUUCUGUUAUGCUUGCGCAGAUGCAACGUCAGGAAGAAGAAGCAAAGGCUCAAGACGAGAAGACGAAAGGAGAAUCCACGAGACGCGAGAUUAAAGCGGAGAAAGUAGCAGCCGAAUCCCAACGACGAGCGACUCGUGCGUCCGGUGCAACCGACAAUGGCACAGCACAAACCACGAGCCAGGCGCCCGCAACACAGAAAAGGGGUCGGGGCCGUCCCAAGAAAUCGGAAAGCAGAGAGGGCAAAAUAUCAGACUUCUUCAAGAAGGAAGAUCUACAACAGAGAUCGGGACAGGCGAGUGUUGCCGAGGCUUUGAAAGAAGCCGCCGAUGAGGAGAAUGUGAAGCCUGGGGACAUUGGUGUCCAGAAUCUCCAGUCCGCCCGGCAGCCGAAACUGGUUACUGGAGGCACAAUGCGCUCGUAUCAACUGGAAGGGCUGGAGUGGCUUUUGUCUCUGUACGAGAACGGGAUCAAUGGAAUUCUGGCAGAUGAAAUGGGUCUGGGAAAGACAAUCCAGACCAUCGCGUUAUUGGCGUAUCUUUGGGAAAUGGAGGCUUAUGGUCCGUUUCUUAUUGCUGCACCUCUCAGCACCACCAGCAAUUGGGUCGAAGAGUUCAAGAAGUGGGCACCCAGUAUUCCAGUCUUACUGUACCACGGCGACAAGCAGGAACGCGCGCGACUUCGCCGCACUCGGCUGAAGAAUCCCGGUACACCACAAUUUCCAGUAGUUGUGACGAGCUACGAAAUCUGUAUGAAUGACCGGAAAUACCUGACAGGUUUUGGAUGGCAAUUUAUAAUCAUUGACGAAGGCCAUCGGAUCAAGAAUCUGGAUUGUCGGCUCAUCCGCGAGCUGCAAUCAUACCGAUCAACGAACCGGCUGCUGAUAACUGGAACGCCUUUGCAGAACAACCUUGCAGAGCUCUGGUCUUUAUUACACUUCCUAUUACCUACUGUAUUCGAUAAGCUGUCCACUUUCGAGAGUUGGUUCGACUUCUCCGGUUUGAAGGAUAAAGCGAGCUACGAGCAGCUGCUGUCGGAAGAGCGCCAGCAAUAUCUGGUAAAGUCACUGCAUGCAGUGCUGAAGCCAUUCCUGCUCCGACGGGUCAAGACAGAUGUAGAGAGUCUCAUGCCUAAGAAGAGAGAGUACGUGCUCUUUGCGCCACUUACACAGAUGCAACGAGAGCUCUAUCAGGCCAUACUGGAUGGUACAAGUCGUUCAUACCUCGAAGAGAAGGCUGUAGAGAGGCUUAGUUUGGGUGUAUCCAGUGGAACAGCGACACCAUUGAGCAUUUCGGGCGCCAAUGGAAGUCAAAAGCGCAAGUCCCUGCUCAGUGGAACCAGUGCUCCAAACAAGAGUGCGAAAACAUCCAGAGGUGGUUCUCCGGCGUCGACCGCUUCGAAACGCGGUCGUGGUCGUCCAAGAAAGUACUACGAAGAAUUAAGCGAUCGGAAGUACUUCGCUGCACUCGAGGCCCAGAAGGACCAGAACGAAGAGGAAGAGGAUGAGGAUUUGAGCUCGGAGGCCGAAGAAGACAGAAUCCGAGCGGCCACAUUCGAGUUGGCCAAGCGACAGCUGUUGCAAAAGAAGUUAGGCAACCCGAUCAUGCAGCUCCGUCUAUGCUGCAACUCGCCUUACAACUUCUUCAACCCUUUCCUUGCCGCUGAGACAUCAGGGAACGAAACGUUUGCUUCUGAGACCGAGCCAGAUGAGACAAUCGUUACCACUUCGGGAAAAAUGCUCUUGCUAGAUUCAUUGCUUCCUGAAUUGCUAAAAGGAGGCCACAAGGUUCUCAUCUUCUCACAAUUCACAACUACCCUCGACCUCCUGGGCCUAUAUCUCGAACUUCGUUCUUGGCCGUACGCUCGCAUAGAUGGAUCCGUAGCACAGGCCGACCGUCAAGCACAAAUCCGCUCUUUCAACGCACCCUCCUCUGCAAAGGACGCCAAAAACGUCUUCAUAUUAUCGACGCGUGCAGGAGGCCAGGGCAUCAACCUUGCAGCGGCUGAUACCGUCAUCCUGUUCGACUCGGAUUGGAACCCUCAGCAAGAUCUCCAGGCCAUGGACCGCGCUCAUCGCAUCGGCCAGACGCGCAAUGUGAUUGUGUACCGCUUUGCCACUCGCAACACGGUUGAGCAGAAACUGCUCGAAUCCGCCGAAGCCAAACGCCGCUUGGAGAAGCUCGUCAUCCGGAAAGGCGGAGUCCGGAAUGACAGAGGGCGUGGGGCGCAACUGGAGAAGGAACAGGAGUUGGAAGAGCUGCAGAAGCUGCUGCGAAGGAGCGACGGCGAGAGGUUCGAUGUGAAGGAGGGCGAGGGCGCAAGCAUUCUCAGUGAUGCUGACUUGCAAAUCCUCCUUGAUCGGAGUGAUGAGGCGUAUGAAAGGGCGGAGAGGGGACUUGAUGUGGGUGGAAAUGGCCAGAUGUUUGAAGCGGUUGGUAAGAGGGAGGAGGGUGCCCUCAUGGAGGGUUUGAAAGCGUAGCUUUAACUGGCGAUUCAGCGUGUUGUAUUGAAACAUUAUUGAGCC